GGACCUGGAGCCAGGCGAGCAGAGCCAAACUACAGCGGAGCAAGUCUCGUUUUGUGAAAGCGGGAGGAAAAAGCCCGAGCAUGCAGAGCGCGCAGAGCAUGAGUUUCUGUCUGCCGAAGCAGUGCCUUUGCCUGGCUUUCCUGCUCCUCCAUCUCCUGGGACAGGUCGCUGCGACUCAGCGCUGUCCGACCCCGUGUCCGGCCCAGUGCUCCAAGACGCCGCCGACCUGCGCCCCCGGGGUGAGAGCGGUGCUGGACGACUGCUCCUGCUGUCUGGUGUGCGCCCGCCAGCGCGGCGAGAGCUGCUCGGAGAUGGAGCCGUGCGAGGAGAGCAACGGCCUCUUCUGCGACCGCAGAGCGGACCCCAGCGCCCAGACGGGCAUCUGCAUGGCGGUAGAAGGAGACAACUGUGUAUUCGAUGGGGUCAUUUACCAAAGUGGAGAGACCUUCCAGCCCAGCUGCAAAUACCAGUGCACCUGCAGAGAUGGGCAGAUUGGCUGUAUACCCCGCUGUGAAGAGGACCUGCUACUGCCCCAGCCUGACUGCCCAGCUCCAAGAAAAGUUGAGGUGCCCGGGGAGUGCUGUGAAAAGUGGAUCUGUGACUCAGCUGAGAAGGGGGACUUAGGGGACCUCCUUGCCCUCCCAGCCUACAGGACAGAAGCCACUGUAGGAGUUGCAGUCUCUGACUCCAGUGUCAACUGCAUUGAACAGACCACAGAGUGGAGUGCAUGUUCCAAGAGCUGUGGCAUGGGUUUUUCCACCCGGGUCACCAACAGGAAUCCACAGUGUGAGAUGGUGAAGCAGACUCGCCUCUGCAUGGUGCGGCCCUGUGAACAAGAGCACGAGCAACCGACAGAUAAGAAAGGAAAAAAGUGUCUCCGCACCACAAAGUCGCUCAGAGCCAUGCACUUGCAGUUCAAGAACUGCACAAGCCUGCACACCUACAAGCCCAGGUUCUGCGGGGUCUGCAGUGAUGGCCGGUGCUGCACCCCCCACAACACCAAAACCAUCCAGGUGGACUUCCAGUGCUCCCCAGGGCAAAUCAUCAAGAAACCAGUCAUGGUCAUCGGGACCUGCACCUGUCACAACAACUGUCCUCAUAACAACGAGGCCUUCCUCCAAGAGUUAAAGCCAAACACCAGCAGAGGGAAGAUGUAAUCUGUGUCCCUCAAGAAGCACACCCACAGAGGCAAACUGUAGCGACCCACCAUCAAAUGAAUAUAAGAAAAAUGAUGAAGAGUUGUUAUUUCACCCCUGAGUCCUAUGUAUUUUCUGUGGUCAUAUGAGGUCAGUUAUAUCUGUCUUUUUUUUAAUGAAAGAUACAAUUAACAGUAACCUUGGAAUCAAGGUAAGCUCAGGAUAGUGCUUAGGGAUGGCUGACUUUUCUGGGAUGUUUACUACAAAAGAAAAUCUCUACAAAUUUAAGAAAUCAGAUAUAUGUUUUACUGUGUAGACCGUAUCGCAUUACACUCAUCUUAUUUUGUUAUACACUAGUGCAAUUUCAAGAAAAUGACACUGUCAUGAAUGACACAGUGAAGUCCAGGAUCAUACUGAAGAUGUCAUCAUGCAAAUUUUUCACCAUAUAUUGAGGUUUGACUUGAGGAUUCUCUGUUGAGCUGUCUUUUUUGAGGAGCUCAACCCUGAACUUCCAAGUCUGAGAUCUGAGGAAAC